AUGCCUUCAGGAUGUAACGCUAACUUGCACCCGGAAUGUGCGCAUGAGGUGAUCGCUGAGCGGCGCGGACGUUUCCCCAAUGACACGUAUGUCAACAUUGGACCCACAGACAAGGCAAGCGACGACUCUCCGCCUAUGCGCAGAGCCCCUCCAAAACCACCACGCA